UAAGAACAAAACAGGCAAUCAGAUAACUACAUGACAACUUGUGGACCAACACAAGAAAUAUGAGAGAUGCACUUUCUUCAGGCACAGACAAAAAAGUAUUCCUGAUUUAGGUGUUUGUUUAUUUUUUUUGAUAUCCCAUAAGUGAAUCUCCACCUAACCCUUAAAUAUAUUUGUUUUUGUUUAAAUGAAGGCAACUAAAACAUGAUUAAUUUAUUGUAAUCAAAUCUGGAUCUCCUCCUAGUCUUCUUGUUCCUCAGCUCUUCCUACUUUCCUAGCUAUCUUCUUCUACCUCUUUUUGACAUAAAAGAACCAGGACAAUAAUCUUCGGGCCAUGUCUGAUUAUGCCAAAGACGCAUGGCGGAAGUAUCUGAUUCAGCUCCAAGCUCACCCUUUACGAACCAAGGCGAUCACUGCUGGAGUUUUGGCAGGUUGCAGUGAUGCCAUAGCUCAGAAGAUCGCUGGAGUUAAAAAGAUUCAGUUCCGUAGAUUGCUUCUCCUUAUGUUGUAUGGGUUAUGUUAUGGUGGGCCAUUUGCUCACUACUUCCACAAAUUGAUGGAUGCUCUUUUCAAAGGCAAGAAGGACAAUACUACUGUUGCCAAAAAGGUUUUGCUGGAACAACUUACAUCCUCUCCUUGGAACAACUUUCUUUUCAUGUCUUACUAUGGUUUAGUAGUUGAAGGGAGGCCAUGGAAGCUAGUGAAGCAUAAAGUUGGGAAAGACUUCUCUACCAUACAGUUAACAGCCUGGAAGUUCUGGCCUAUUGUGGGAUGGAUUAAUUAUCAGUAUGUUCCUCUGCAAUUCCGCGUCUUGUUCGGCAGCUUCAUAGCCUCCUGCUGGAGCAUUUUCUUGAACCUGAAAGCGCGAUCUGCAGUGAUCAAGAACGCAUAGAAACCUUAAUCUGGAAGAUUACAAGCAUAAUCUUCGACACCCAUUUUAUCAGAACCUUUGGUCCAUGGAUAUCGCUCUAAGAAGCAAUUUUACCAAUGCAUUUCAAGGAUGUUGCCCUCAUCACAGAAUGGUGCGCAGCAAUGCAACACAGAUCAAGGCUCUAGAGGAAAACUACAGAUGUGACAUCACUGGUCUUCCUCCUGGAAAGAAAGCUAUUAUUAGAAACCUUAAAUUCAAUUCUGAUGGAAUACUUAAGCGCCACAAAAUCGUUUAGUGGUUCGUUGAAAUCACCAGAAAGAAGGUACAUAUCUCAAUGAAACAUUCGCUUCAGUUGCUAAAAGAUCACCAAUGUGCAUACCACUAACUUAAGUAGGGAUAUUGGGAUUAAGAUCUUAAUAUACUCUCUUUGUUUCAAUGAGAUGUAUUUUUAAUUUUUUUUAUAUAUAUUAAGAAAACAUAUAAAAUUUGAUUAUCAAUAGUAUUUUAAUACGCACAACUAUGUUUUUUUUUUGAAGUUUUUUAUAAU